AUGCAAACUGUCAGCAAGCCCAUAAACAUCGUUAUCGCAGGAGGAAAUUAUGCCGGCCUGAGCGCCACCAAGAAUCUUUAUAUAAAGCUGCUGGCCACCAACUCCGACUAUGACGGCACCAAGCAGGCGCCGCCGAAUCCCAAUAUCAAAAUCACGCUGAUCGACCGCAGAAACGGUGACCUGCCCUGGCUGCAGCAUUCGUCAAUUGCGGUGAAGAAAAACAUUAUUUCUCGUAUCACGCCAACGCACGUUGGGCUGGCUGACGACGACAAGCAUGUUGCGUUUGACUACCUGGUCAUUGCCCUGGGCCAAAGCCGAUAUGCACCAAUCGGUGUGGCAUCUUCGACCAAGACCGAGUACCUAGAGGCCAUGAGCAAGUACUAG